UUGCAAUUUUUUGAAGAUUUCUUUUUCCAGUAUGCCAAGUAUCAGGUGGUGAAGUAUGAUCAUGUGCCGUGCUCUCCUCUUACCGCUCACCGAUUAAGCAUUUUGCGAAAGAAAAUUUUGGUGCUCGAUUUGGAUGAGACCCUCAUUCAUUCCCAUCACGAUGGUGUUAUUCGUCCAAUGGUUAAACCAGGGACGCCAUCCGACUUUACAAUAAAGGUAGUUAUUGAUCGCCAUCCGGUGAGGUUUUCGGUACAUGCACGACCACAUGUUGACUACUUUCUUUCUGUUGUCAGUCAGUGGUUUGAUCUAGUGGUCUUCACGGCGAGUAUGGAAGUGUACGGAACUCACGUGGCAGAUAAACUUGACAAUGGACGGGGGAUAUUAAAUAGGAGGUAUUUUCGACAACACUGUACUAUGGAUUAUGGCGGAUACACGAAGGAUCUGAGUGCUAUUCAUCAGGAUCUUUCAUCAAUCUUUAUUCUGGAUAAUUCACCUGGGGCCUAUAGGAAGUUUCCUCAGAACGCUAUUCCCAUUCCCUCAUGGUUUUCUGAUCCAUCAGACACAUGUCUACUGAAUUUGUUGCCGUUUCUCGACGCGUUGCGGUUCACAUCCGAUGUACGGAGUAUUUUGAGUCGAAAUCAGCAGAGCUUCAAUCAAGUCUGGUAG